AUCACAAUAUUAUGCAGGUGUUCAUAAUGUGAUGCCUGUUCGGUGUGUUAUUAGGAUAUUUGGGCGCCCCCUACAGAGGUCUCGAGAUUGGUUCGAUCUGACAGGGAAGUGGGAGGAAAAGACCAGGCUGCGCGGAAAGAGCGGAGGAAAUUAGUCGCCAUGGAGACGCGGAGAUAAAGAAGGUGCCGGUCGCCAUAAACAAGCCGAUGGGUUUGUCGUCUGGUUACGGAGCUGAAGAGACGCGGCUCUCUAGGUGUCCUCCUCCUCUUUCUCCAUCUCCUCCUCUUCCUCUUCCUCCAUGCCUCUGUUUUCCACGCAAAGCGACCGAAGAUGACCGACAGGCCAGGUGGGAGUAGCGCCGCGGACGACUCCGGGAUCAUCCGCCGGAGGAGGAUGCAGAAGGAUCUACCAUUGCCACGGAAGAGCAGCGGCUGUCGCACCAGUAACCGCAAGAGUCUGAUCCUCACCAGUACGUCUCCGACCCUGCCCCGACCACAUUCACCUCUUCCUGGACACAUAGGAAGCAGUCCAUUGGACAGUCCUCGCACCUUUUCACCCAGCGGCCCUGCCCACUUCUCUUUCACCCCCGCUAGAAGGGCUGAUGGACGCCGCUGGUCUCUGGCUUCACUGCCGUCUUCUGGAUACGGCACCAACACCCCCAGCUCCACGUCAUCGAGCUCGUCUCAGGAGCGUCUGCACCAGCUGCCCUUCCAGCCCACCAUGGACGAGCUGCACUUCCUGUCUAAACACUUCGGCAGCACGGAGAGCAUGACGGACGACGACGGACGGAGGUCGCCGCACGUACGGCCACGCUCCAGGAGCCUCAGUCCGGGACGCUCACCCUCCUGCUACGACAAUGAAAUCGUCAUGAUGAACCAUGUGUAUAAGGAGAGAUUUCCAAAGGCCACGGCUCAGAUGGAGGAGCGCUUGGCGGACUUUAUCCAUUCCUACUCGCCGGAGAAUGUGCUCCUGUUGGCCGACGGCGUCCUCAGCUUCAUCCACCACCAGAUCGCCGAGCUCUCCCGCGACUGCCUGACCAAAUCACGCGAGGGCCUCAUCACCACAGUCUACUUCUAUGAACUGCAGGAGAACCUGGACAGGCUUCUGCACGAUGCGUACGAGCGAUCCGAGAGUUCCGAGUUGACUAUUAUCACAGAGCUGGUCAAGAAACUGCUCAUCAUUAUUUCUCGACCCGCACGACUUCUGGAGUGUUUGGAGUUUAACCCGGAGGAGUUCUAUCACCUGCUGGAGGCGGCGGAGGAUCACGCUAAAGAGGGACACCUGAUGAAGACGGAUAUCCCGCGAUACAUCAUCAGCCAACUGGGUCUGACACGGGAUCCGCUUGAAGAAAUGGUGAACCUGGAAAGCUAUGACAGCGAGGGGCCACACACACCUGAGACAGAUGACUCAGCUGAGGGAAAGAUGAAGGUCAUGAAGCCGCCCUGCGAAUCUGACUUCCAGACCAUCAAGCUGAUUAGCAACGGAGCGUAUGGGGCAGUGUACCUGGUGAGGCACAGAGAGACUCGGCAGCGUUUCGCGAUGAAGAAGAUCAACAAGCAGAACCUGAUCCUGAGGAACCAGAUCCAGCAGGCAUUUGUGGAGCGAGACAUCCUGACCUUUGCAGAGAACCCGUUCGUCGUCAGCAUGUUCUGCUCUUUCGAGACUCGUAGACACCUCUGCAUGGUCAUGGAGUAUGUGGAGGGAGGAGACUGCGCCACCCUUUUAAAGAACAUCGGUGCCCUGCCAGUGGAAAUGGCUCGAAUGUACUUUGCUGAGACCGUCCUGGCUCUGGAGUACAUUCACAACUACGGCAUUGUACACCGGGAUCUCAAACCAGACAAUCUGUUAAUUACGUCUAUGGGCCACAUUAAACUGACUGACUUUGGCCUUUCCAAAAUGGGUCUCAUGAGCCUCACCACAAACCUGUAUGAGGGCCACAUUGAGAAAGACACUCGUGAGUUCCUGGACAAACAGGUGUGUGGCACGCCGGAGUACAUCGCCCCGGAGGUGAUACUGCGGCAGGGUUACGGAAAACCCGUGGACUGGUGGGCCAUGGGAAUCAUCCUUUAUGAGUUCCUGGUAGGAUGUGUGCCUUUCUUCGGGGACACACCUGAGGAGCUGUUCGGCCAGGUGAUCUCAGAUGACAUCGCCUGGCCUGAGGGAGAUGAAGCGUUGCCUAGCGACGCCCAGAACCUGAUUUCCACCUUGUUGCAGACAAACCCACUGGUGCGAUUAGGGACCGGAGGAGCCUAUGAGGUGAAGCAGCACUCAUUCUUUGCCGAUCUGGACUGGAACAGUCUGCUGAGACAGAAGGCGGAGUUUGUCCCUCACCUGGAGUCUGAGGAGGACACCAGCUACUUUGACACGCGCUCAGAGCGUUAUCACCACGUCAACUCCUACGACGAGGACGACACGAAUGACGACGAGCCGGUGGAGAUCCGACAGUUUUCCUCUUGCUCACCACGUUUCAGCAAGGUGUACAGCAGCAUGGAGCAUCUGUCCCAGCUGGAGCAAAAAACACCAGUGGUCACCCGGCGAGAGCAUAAGGGACGCCGUGAAGACAAAAUGUCUAAAAGAGAGAGCUUUGGGAGCUUUAGCAAGAGCUGGAGGACUGGCUCACCAGAGAUGAAGCGUUUGUCAUGUUCUGAGUCCCUGUACAUGGAAGGCGAUGCCAGUCCUCCUCUAGGUGCCAGGCGCCGCUUUUCUGCAUUGAUGGACACGCACCGCUUUGCCUCGCCUUUAGAGGGCGACACAGAAACUCAGCCACAACAAAGCGGGGCUAAAAGCAGGGGGUCGUCAGUAGAGGGCACCACUGCGCCCUCAUCACCCAGUGCUAGUGAACAGAGUAAAGAGUCUGUAAAGGAGGCACCAGGAGUGUGUGCAGGAGAUAAGCCCACCAGACACGGAGAGGUAUCAGCACCACAACCCAUUCCAUUAGCGCCCACAGCAUCAGUACCGGUUUUCCGAGACACGGUAGUUAUGGGCGACUCGCACAGCCAGCGGGCCACCAAUGAUCUUGUCCUCAGACGAGCGCGUCACCAGCAGCUCUCAGGAGAUGGGGAGAAGCGAACCACGCGUCCAGGCAACAAGGUCAUCAAAUCUGCCUCAGCUACGGCACUCUCUGUCAUUAUUCCAGCAGUUGAGCAGCAUGCUAGCUCUCCCCUGGCCAGCCCAAUGUCCCCUCGAUCGGUCUCGUCCAACCCAUCUUCGCGAGAUUCUUCCCCAAGCCGAGACUACGGCCCUGCGGUUAGCGUACUCCGCUCACCCAUUACCAUCCUGCGCUCAGGCAAGAAGUAUGGCUUCACGCUACGAGCCAUCCGUGUCUACAUGGGGGACAGCGACAUCUACAGUGUACACCACAUGAUCUGGCAUGUAGAAGAUGGUGGCCCGGCUCAGGAGGCUGGGGUGUGUGCUGGUGACCUCAUCACGCAUGUCAACGGAGAGUCGGUUCAUGGAUUGGUCCAUACAGAAGUGGUAGAGCUUAUUCUUAAAAGUGGCAAUAAGGUUACCGUGACCACCACUCCCUUUGAGAACACGUCGAUCAAAGUGGGUCCUGCUCGCAGAUCCAGCUACAAAUCCAAGAUGGCCAGGCGCAGCAAAAGAACAGUCAAAGAAGGACAGGAAAGCAAGAAGCGAAGCUCUCUGUUUCGCCAAAUAACCAAGCAGUCUAACCUUCUGCACACCAGCCGUAGUCUGUCAUCUUUAAACCGCUCGCUGUCCUCUAGCGAGAGUCUGCCGGGUUCUCCUACGCACAGCCUGUCUGCCCGAUCACCCACUCAAAGCUACCGUUCCAGUCCUGAAUCCUCUUAUUUAGGUGCCUCUUCUCAGAGCAGCUCUCCAGCCUCCAGCACUCCGAAUUCUCCUGCUGCCUCCCAGCAUAUGCGCCCCAGCUCCCUGCAUGGCCUUUCGCCCAAACUGCACCGUCAGUACCGCUCAGCUCGGUGCAAAUCCGCUGGCAACAUCCCUCUCUCACCUCUUGCGCAUACGCCAUCCCCAACUCAGUCUUCUCCCCCAUCCUUGUCGGGUCACACUGUUGGAAGUUCCAAUAUGACCCAGAGCUUCCCUGUCAAGCUUCACUCAUCUCCUCCUAUUACAAGGCCCAGACCCAAGAGUGCUGAACCACCUCGGUCUCCUCUUCUCAAGCGGGUGCAGUCAGCAGAAAAGCUUGGGUCACCUCUGUCUUCUACUUCGUCUCCUGGAGACAAGAAAGGUGGAAUUGGGGCAAUGAGGAAGCAUAGCCUGGAAGUUGGACAUUCAGAUUAUCGGAAAGAGGGCUUCCAUUGUGAGCUGGGGCUCCAAAGCUUGUUGGAAACCGAAGGAGAGAAUCUAGCCUCAACUUCUGCAACAACCCCAUCACCAACCAAGCCUACAGUUCCAUCACCCAUGGAGACAGUUUUUAAGCCUGUACGGAAGCUGGGCAGGCAGGAAUCUCCACUGAGUAGAGAUGCUUUACUUGCUGGAAGAGUGAAGGAAAAGGACAACGGCAAGGUGAAGUCUGGUGAUUUAAGCCAGGGAAGUGAGAGUAAACUGGAAAUAGUGUUGGAAAAGUCACCCCCUGCCUCUGAGGCUCGUCAGGAUCUCAUGAGCAAGAGGGUUUUAGAUGAUAAGUCAAGUCACAUAAGAUCUCAAGUUGUUGAUGUAUCUCAGCAGUCACCAUCCACACCAAGAGAUGCUGGCAUAGUGAGGCCUGAAACUAGUCAGCCUGUUGUGACCAAACCUUCACCCGUUGCACCAGAGUCUAGAAUUAGUGUGGCUCCUUUAAUUCCAUCACCUCUCACCACUGCUACAAAAGCCACAGAUCUUUCCUUGACAAGUUUUAGUGCAGCAGGCAGGAAUCAAUUUAGUGACACAAGCAUAAUCGUCCAAACCCAGAUAUCAGGAAAUGCCAAAGCUCACCAGGUUUCCAUCAAAGACCUGCAAGGUAAAGAGUUGGAAAAAAAAUCAGAAAUGAAGGAAGUGAAACAAGAACAAGGAAAGACUGCCAAGUCUGUCGUACCAUGCAGUGGCAAUGUAAAGGCAAUGCCACUCUCUGACAAAGUUCAAAAAGGACCAUCAGAUGUAGACGCACUUAAAAAGUCUAGUCCCGAGACCCAUAGUAGAACUUCAGACAUAAGGGUGAGGCCUAGCUUACCUCAAUCCAAGGGGGUUGUUCCAUCUUUCCCUCACCAGGUCCAGUCUCCUGCUCUGGGCAAGCCAAGACAGGACAAGGGUCUUUCUCCGGUUAACUGCUACCGAGGCACCUUGGAUUGGGAAGACAAGUGUCUUUUAGAGGUUGUUGAGGAGCAUUCUCCAUCUCCUACUCCGUCUCCUACUGGAUCCACUCCUAGCAUGUCAAAACCACCUCUCCAACCCAUUGCUACUCAGUCUUUGUCCCCCGGGGACAAAAGAUCCCCGACUAGUGCAUCUAAACUUGGGCAAGAACUAGCCAAAGGGUUAAUCCAGGAGGUGGCUAAGAGCAAGGAAGCUGUUAAAUCAGUCAAGGAGACCAAGGCUAUCGCACAAGAAAAGACUAGCACAAACCUAAAAGUAGCAACACCGAGCCCUGCCGCCGCAAUACCACCGAAAAAGAACGAGAGCACAAAGAACGGCUUGUGACGUUUCAGCACAGUUUGGUUUUUGCCUUUAUUGGAGAUUAUGCACUUAAACAAAUCAGGACAUCCCAAGUGGUAAAUAUUAAGAUCGAGUGGGAGAGACAUAACGAGUAGAGAAAACAAUUGUGCAAAGGUUCUAAAAGUGAUGGUUUAUUGUAUAUAAAAAAGAUUGAUGUAUUACAGGUAUGUGUGUAGAGAAUGACCGUGUGUUGCUUGAGUGGUAAGGUUAAAACGAAAGCGCCAAGUGCUUUAACAGAUCAAAUGAUGCUGAAAACUGUGAAUGCCAAUUCAUUGCUUAAACAAAAUGGGUUUUUUUUCUCUUUUACCUGAGACAUAAACAACCCAACAUUGCAAGGAUCUGAUUUAGUAUACAUCUUUAGACUUAUUUUUCUUUAAGUUCAAUUCCUCUAUGUGUAAUUAGCAUGCUGCCCAGUGAAUACGAAGCUCCUUUUUAAAGCUAAGUAGGUGGAGGGAUAAAUAGGAGCAAAAUAAAUAAAAGAAGCCCUGAGAGAGAUUUUCAUUUUCCGUCAGCCGACAAACCAGUGGAACAUUUUUAAGGGUGAAAGCCACCAAUUCAGACAAUUAGCUUAUCCUGCUUAUCAGGUGACAACAGGAGGCCCAGCAUAGUAGCCCAGUGACAGCUUCCUCCAUCAGAGCUUCAACAGCGCUGAUAAUAUCGCUGACUCUGGGUUUAUUUUAAUAGUGUUUGUGUGCUUUGUAUCCGCUCUGUUAAACAGGUGCCUUUCAGCUGGCUUGGCAUUUAUGAGCGCUGUCAGGAUGGAUAAAGUGGAUUGGUAUUAGCGAUAAAGCAACAUUUUGCACAUGCCCGUUAGGAAGCGUGAGUGGUUUGUAAUGUAUUUGGUGUAGAGGGUCAAACUGGCCAAAAUACAUUUAGCUGAAAUCGAUUUUAGAGGCUUUUUUGCUAAUUCUUAUAUAGUUGAUGAAUUGCAACCCAUUUCAAUAGAAUGUAGAACUUAGCUUUUCCUUCCGAACACACUUUAUGGGUGAACUGUAAUAUCCCAUUGAAUCCUUUGAUUUAGGGUGUAUCAUAUUUAAAAGAAAACAUUCACAAUGUUAUAGCUUUAUCUUUUAAUAUAAUGAUGGUACUUGGUGGUAAAAUAUACAGCAAUGGUAUGUCUUUGUUGUUCAGUGGCUAGAGCUACGAUGUAUAGAUCUAUGAAAAUAACGUUUGGCCUUCGCCUACGGAGAACACGUUCAAAUUAUUCAUGUGCUACAAGUAUGGCAGUCGAUCUAGCUGUGUCGUUUCUGUCUGAGUCCGUCUUUGUAUUUUGUGUUGUCGUAGUAAAGAGAAGCCUGAACAUUAACACGUUUCAUUGAUUACAUUAGUUGAUUUUGUCAUUUGCUGUGCUGUUUGGUAUAUUAGCCGGCUGGAGAUUCGUCACUACAGUACGGAGCCAGCCCUUAAGGUUUCCAGAAUUACAUAGUAAUGCUGCCAUCUAGUGGCUGAAUAGCACCUUGGUGUUAUUAGAGUUUUAUGAAAGCAUCUUGGUAACGUUUGGUCCCUCUGCUGCCUUGGAGAUGAACUGUGAGUGCAAUGGAAAGAAAACCCCACAUGCUUCUCAAUGGCCUUCAGUUACUACGGAUGUCCUAAGAAGCCAUGCAUUAUCAUUUUCUUUAUUGUUCACGACAUAAAAUUGUUUUCUGUGUAUUUUGCAUAAGAGCAUGUUCUAGAGGCAGCAUCAUGAACAAUAACCAUAACUAUUUGUGGUGCUGGUGCUCGUCCACAUGCCCCGCUGCCACAAAUGGCUAUAGCUAUUGUCCAUGAUGUGGCGAUGAUGCUGUCUCUAGAACAUGCUUUUUCAAGCUCUCGGUUGAAGGACAACUAUUUGUUUUAUUCAAAUCUGCCCCUUGGUAAAGCAGAACUGCUCAGUCCUGUCGCUU